AUGGUGUCGGAUCAUUGCAGCACUGAAGCUUCGCCUGUGGUGAAAACCACUCAUGGUCAGGUGCGUGGAGCGCUACAAACCGCGCUCUACGGUGAGCUCUACUACAGCUUCGAUGGCAUACCGUACGCCCAGCCGCCGUUUGGUGAGCUGCGAUUUAGAGAGCCGCAGGAUGCUAAGCCCUGGGAAGGAAUACUUGACUGCUCCAAGCCAAGAAGCAAGUGCCUACAAGUGAGCAGUCUGACACAGCAAGUUGAAGGUAGCGAGGAUUGCCUGUACCUCAAUAUAGCCGUCAAAAGUUUAAGCAGUGAGAAGCCUCUGCCUGUGAUGGUAUAUGUGCAUGGAGGCGGCUUUAAGAACGGAGAUCCGACCAAAUUCGGGUUUGGACCAGACUAUAUCAUGCGCGAGCAGGUGAUCUACAUAAGCAUUUGCUAUCGCGUGGGUCCAUUAGGUUUUUUGAGCUUUGCUGAUCCGUCCCUGCGCAUACCCGGUAAUGCGGGACUAAAGGAUAUUAUUCUAGCCCUGAAGUGGAUCAAGGCAAACGUGGGUAGCUUCAAUGGAGAUGCGAACAACAUUACGCUCUUUGGGCACAGCUCGGGCAGUUGUACGGUGCAUUUGCUGAUGGUAACUCCCCAGACGGAGGGAUUAUUCGAUAAGGCUAUCCUGAUGGGUGGUUUUUAUCCCGAGACAGCUAAUGCGCCCAAUGCGGAAUAUGAAAUGGCCAAGCAUUUGGGUUAUGAGGGCGAGAACAACGAUGUUGAUGUGUUCAAUUUCAUAAAUGCCGCAGAUCCAAAGCAAUUGGUCCUACCGGACUUUAGGCCUUUAUACGAGCGCUUGCAGAGCGGAGGUUAUCCGUUAUUUUUGCCACGUAUUGAGUACUAUCCCACGCCCACUGCUGUGCUACUGGACCAGCCGCGAGUGCUGCAGCGCACUGCGUGGACCAACCGCGUGCCCCUCAUGAUGGGUUGCACCAGCAACGAGGGUCUGUUCAAUCCUAUGAUGAACAUGAGAAAGGAUCCGAACAUAUUGAAAGCGUGCCGGGAACGUCCGGAGUUUACGCUGCCGUAUUCCCUACUCAGGCACUGCGAGCCAAGCGCAUGUCGGCACGAGGGACAGAAUCUAGUGAAGAAAUUCUGUGGUGUCCAUAGCACUUUUAUCACUGAGGAGCAUCACGCUGCGAUAGCCGAGCUUUUCACCCACAACUUGUUGCACUAUCAGCAGCGCAUGCUCCGGGCUCGACAGGCUUACAGCCAGGCUGUCAACUAUCUCUAUCGGUUCGACUUUGACUCUCCUGAUUUUAACUUCUAUCGCAUUCGUUACCAAGGACCAGAAGCCCGUGGCGUUCAGCAUGCAGAUGAGCUGUGCUACCUCUUCAAGCUGCCCCAAACAUUUAAGCUGGAGAAGUCUCGACCGGAGUACACGGUCAUCUGCCGCUUCGUAGCCCUCUUAACGGAGUUUGCCCGCAACUCCAAUCCAAAUGGACCGCUCACCAAGCAGCUGGUGGACUGGCAGCCCGUAACCAAAGAAGAACCCACAAUGUGCCUUAAUAUCAAUGAGGAACUAAAGUUCAUACCACAGCCAGAACGUUACAAGUUACGUUUUUAUGAUCAGCUUUACAGACAUAUUAAAAUGGAGCUCAUUUAA